ACUGCGAAACGACGACGGCGAAAUCAGCGACUCCUGGCAGCGGUUCCGGAGGAAACAGGGCGGCGCCGCCGCCAUCUUGCCGAGCGCUCCAGGGUGCUGAGAUGGCGGACUCCCCGCUGGCGGACAUCAAGCCCGGCAGCCCGACGCAGCUGCAGAAGGUCUCGUCCAUGCAAGGGGGAAGCAUGAACAGGACCACGCCUCCCUUGGGCGCCGUCGUGAACGCGACCACGGUGCCCUUGGCUCCGGGCGGCUGUCCCAGCAACCCACCGGGACUCGCCGUGGCGCGGUCCCUGUCGCCGCCGUCGGACUCUAACCCUGGCUCGUCGUGCACGGGGGUCUCGUCCAGCACCGCCAACAACGGGACCACGGCCAACGGACCCGUGCUGGCCGCCGCCGUGGCGUCUCCGGCCGGCACGUCCCCGCUGACGUCUUCCGCGGACGGCGCGCCGACGGCCGGGAGCCUCCUGCUGGGCGCCCGGCAGCUGAACAAGGUCAAGAGGUUCCUGACGACGCUGCAGCAGUUCGGCAGCGACGUUGCUCCCGACGUCGGGGAGAGGGUGCACGCCCUCAUCCUGGGACUCGUGAGUUCCACCAUCACCAUCGAAGACUUCCACCAGAGCAUCCAAGAGAUCACCAAUUACCCACUGAGGCCCUUCGUCGUGCCUUUCCUCAAGUCGCAUUUGCCCCUGCUCCAGACGGAAGUGCUGCACUACGCCCGGGCGGCCAAGCAGACGCCCUCGCAGUACCUGCGUCAGCACGAGCAGCAACUCCUCCUGCUACUCGACCCGGUGCCCGGGGCAUCGGAGCCGCCGCCUUUCGGGGACAUCUUCUUCCAGCCGGAAGCUGCGCACAGGGACCUCAAGAGGAGGACCAGCAGCGCCAAUCUGGACAGGCGGCCCAAGGAGAAUGGCCACUGCAGCAGCGGCUCGUCGUCGACCGGCGUCCUUGCCGACACGGAUAUCGCGCCUCCGUCGGCCAAGCGUCCAGGACUGUCCAGUCCCACCACCAGGCUGAGUCCGGCGGCCACAGCGGCCCACACCUUCCGGUUCGACGACGUUCCCGCGGUCCCGUUGUUUCGAGACCGGUUCGACCGGUUCGACCGCUUCGACAGGGAUUCGUCGGACCGGUUCUACAGGCCCUCGUGCUACGGGAUGCUCCACAGAGACUACCCGGAGGACAGGGACAUGGAGGACGAGUGGAAGAACAUAAACACAAUGCUCAACUGUAUCCUGGGCAUGGUGGAGAAGACCAAACGCGCCCUAGCCAUCCUGCAGCACCGCAGCCAGGCCGAGAGGCACGAGUUCCCGUCCCCCGUGUGGCCCGGCAGCGGGCGCCGGCACAUGGACGACCUGGACCUCAAGAAGAGAGACCUGAUGACGUCGCACCACCACUACAAGACCGCCUCCGCCGAGAUGGACAGGGUCUCCGAAGUGCGCCGCAGGGCAGAGGAAGCGGUUCACGAGGUGAAGCGCCAGGCCGUGGCCGAGCUGCAGAAGGCCGUGUCCGCGGCCGAGUCCAAGGCCAGCGAGCUGGUGGCCGCCGAGCGGACAAAGAUGGAGAGGCUCAUCGGCGAGGCUCGGAGGCAGGCCGCCGAGGAGGCCCUUGCCGCCGUCAACCACCAGGAGGACUCCACCGAGCACUGCUGGAACUGCGGGCGCAAGGCGAGCGAGACGUGCAGCGGCUGCAACGUGGCGCGCUACUGCGGCGCCUUCUGCCAGCACAAGGACUGGGAGAACCACCACCGGGUGUGCGGGCAGCAGCCCUCGUCCAGCCCCAGCAGCAGCUCCUGCGUGCUGGCCGCGGGCAAGCGCAGUCCGUCGCCGCCCUCCGCCGCCAGGAGGGCCGAGGCCAAGGCGGACGUCGCCAGGCACUAGGCACGGGCCGCUCUAAGGACGUCCCCCCACCCCACGCAGCUCGUACAUUGCGCAGAAGACGUUCCCUGCAGACACCAUGAGUUCUGCGGACACGCGUCAAGCAUGUUUGUUUCAUGUGUGCUUCGAACAUGUUUGCGGAGAGUUCUUGCGCGACGAACGAGACAGUCGUACGAAGAAGACCUCAGACGGUGUCUCUGUUUUGUAGGACGUAUUUGCAGCGUGGCCGCGUGUUAAGGGGGAAAUCUUCCCGAAGGGUCUUUGGACUGUCCGUAUUCAUACCCAUUUCGCGUUCAUCUAGAAAACAUCGUGCUGACAAGGACCGGGGAGCACGGAGCGUGUGUAACGGAAACCACGUGACGUCACGGCGCGCGUGACCUUAUAAUUGCACGUGACGCCAAGACGUCGCGUGGUGUCAGGAUGUAAGGUGAUGUCCCUAUGAGCAAUGGUCCCUAUGGACCCCAUGCGUAAAAUGUAACUCUGGAAUCUGACACUGGAGCCUAACGAUAUUUUUUUUCCGUAGAACUGAGACAUGCAUAAAGGCCCGUUCACACACUUGCAACCGAGUAAGACAGAGAAAGACCGGUCCUAAGAUGUUGCAGGAGGCUUAAAAACCGGUCUGGCCUCUGCCGGUCUUACUCGCCCAGUGGUGUGCCCUAUAACCAUCAAACAAGCUAAUUCUACUGCAUCUGCAAUCGGUGUUUUUUUUGCUUUUUAAUGGCCUACCAUUGGUUUACUUGGUUUUCCAAGUAUCUUGUCGUUUUGCACAUUGAAGCGUCAGAAACGACUGGUACCGGAUGACCCGGCUUGUUGCGUGUACAUAGUAAUUUCUUUAUUGAUAAAACUUACUCAAUAACUCCGGAAGAAGCAUCCCUUUGGACAACCCUUAGGAGACAAUCCGAAGGACUUUUAUCACCAUCAUUGAAGGAGUUUCGUUACACACCAUAGAAUCUUAGAGCUCCCACGCUUACUGGCUCUUGUCAAAUGUGUUCCUUAAUGACGCAAUUGGCUAAUCCCUUCCUACGAAACCCUUAGAUGAGAAUUCACAGAAAAAAAAUUGCUUUCAAAUAUACGGACAACCAAAGAAACCUUUUUGGGGAGGAUUUUUCUUAGAGUAUCGCGACGCCCGAAGGAGGCCCGAGACAAAAUCUUCGGGCGAACUAGUCCUGCCAUUCUGGUGCACUCUUAGCCUCCUCUUUAUGACGUUGCAGACUCGCUUGUGUUCUUUUCUUUCGUGUUUUUUUUUUAAUGUUUCAUCGUCAUGUUUGUUAGUGUCGCCUCAUCCGGAUGAACUGUCUCAAGACAAGCGAAGGGGAGCAACAAACCAAAGUAGACAUACGUCUUUGUCAUAUGACAAUCGGAGUGACUAGUCUCAGAGCAUGGUUGUGCACCAAUACAACCCAGAAAACAAAGCAUGCGCCACCCCCCUCUCCCAAACGCCAUCUCUAGUGAAUCCACACAGUGCCUAACCUGUGUCUGUACCGCCGCCAUCGCACCUUGCAGCGUUUCAAAACGAGCGCAGGCAUCAAUGCGGAACGCAAGUUCGUCUGCUUCUUGCGCAAGUAGUUCCGGUGACAUCAGAAUGGCGAGUUCUGAUUGGCUCUGAUUAGAAGGAUAGAGGGUAGAACCUCAAGGCAGCUAGCACUGAGGUCUACCCAUUAUCCUUCCAAUCAGAGCCAAUCAGAGCUUGGCGUUUUGACGUUACCGCAACCCCUGCGCAAAAAGCAGACAUUGGCGUUUUGACGUCAAGCCCGUGUGCUCGAAGCAGACAACUUUGCGCUCCUCAUACAGACGCUCUCGCCGAGCUUCAGUGUGUGUGCCGCUUGGUUGGGGAUCCACUCAUGAUGACGUCAUGCGCAGACUUUGUCUUCUAAGUGGUAUUGGCUGGAGCAAAAGUGCGAAGAAGGGACGCUCGAGUCCACAGGAUCCCGCCGGAGACGCCAUGAGGAAGACCUUCCACCACGGAAACCGUGGUUGGGCUUUUUUUCUCCCUACUUUGACGUCGAAUCUCUGAACAGAUCGUGACACAAAGAGUCCAAUCUCAUAUAAAGCAAAAGCCAAAGUUACGAAUUUCGCCGGUUCGACGAAAGAACGGCUUUUAUGCGGUCAACGCGGUGAAGGACAGUGGGUAGACCAUUACGCAUUGUCGACCAUGUCCCCUCGAGUUCACCAAAGGCACGUUUCAUGUGUGCGUGUGUCUGUGCUAAGUUCUGGUGGAACAACUUUUAUUUUUUCUUUUGUUGUUGCUUUGUUCCGCAGAGUGAGAGGCCAUCGUCAGCUCAACUUUCCAAAGUUUUACUAGUGUCUUGUGACUUUUUUUUUUCCCCUUCCGAACGGGUCUUUUCCCUUCAGGUUAACGAAAAGAGACGCGGUGCAUCUAGUCCCGAACAGCACUUAGAACCAAAGCAGACCAGUGUGUAAAGAACACACUUGUGAGAACGUUGAUGUCUACGACUAUAAACUAGUGUAAGUGCGGUUUCAUCGACUGAACGCGUCUGGUCAGCAAAGGCUGUGCUUCAGCAGCUCCCUAGCAGCAGACAAAGAAUUAAGCGUGGCACAUGGCGCGUGUACCCAGAUAUCUGUACGCAUCGUGGAACCCCAGUUGGAUAACCAGACAUACAAUAGACAUAUUAAAUUUUUGAAAAAAAAAAUGAAGAAGGAAGAGAAUUACGACCUGCAAAUGAAUACACCGAGGUCAUACUGAUAGACAUUCCUCUCUCAAUCCCUUCUCUUUCUCAACUUGGCUCCAGGAGAGUUGCGAUAUGAAAGUCGGCCUAGAGCCACUAAAAAAGCUACGGUUAAGGUGUCAGCGCUCCAUUCCGCGAUUCUUCCUUGGGCGCCGCCAUUUUGAUGCUUGGUGCGCAGUGUUUUAACAUUUCUCGAAUACGGAACAGCGUUUCGUGUGAGUUUAGAGAAAGCUUUGGAUAACUGGCAACACUGAUUUUAAGUGCGAAGUUGGUUAAAGGGGUACUCCGGCAUUUUGUUUAUAGUCUUCGAUUUACCUAAACACACCAACAAACAUCACUAAUAUAGUGACCCAAAUAUUUUCCCUAGAAGUUAUUGAAUUUCCAAUUUUAGUCUUCAACCCUUUUUUUGUGUGUCUUUUUUUUUAGGUAAAAGUUUCUACAAUCAACAGUGAAAAAUUGACGUCAGCGGAAGUCAGGGGUUCACUAUUUGGACGUAGACUUUGUUCCCAACUGAUCAUAAGCAGUUUCAUGGUGUCCAAUGAAAGUUUUGGAAGCUCACAUCAGCACCCGCAGAGCAGCGCGAAACAAAUGUUCGGCAUAGUCCAUUUUUUGACUGCCCACUCGACCUGCGAGCCUGCCAUCCCCUGAAGCACGGCACUGAAAAUCGCGGGUAUAUUUGAAUGUUGGUUUUGGCAUCCCUUUCACUUGCCGAUUUCAUAAUAACUAUUCUGGAUUUCGCGAUAUAAAUAGCAUACCGGAAAGGGUGAAGGCCGGUGAUUCCGAGAAUAUAGUUAUUUGGGGUAGCUCAAGAACAGACCGCCUGGUGAUAGUUACAAAAAAGGGCGAGGAGAGGAAUCAUACUUUUGGUUUGUAGGCUAGGUGGCGCAAGUUAGCGCCCGUUAUGAAGAGUGUGCAGCCGUUAGCGUCCAUCCAUCUGGUGGCUGAAGUGUCUUUACUCUAAUCCGUAGCUUACUUGGUGUCUCUAGUUCCAACAGGAGAACGGCAUUUGCAGUAGGCUUCCGGCGCGUUCGGACGUUUCCUUUGUUACCGGUCCGGUUUCUUUUCUGACCUUCGAUUUGCUGUCUGUUCUGAGCAGGCCUUCAGCGUUUCACGUCCAUAAAAAAAAAGAUAGUUAAGCAUACAGCUCUAAUCCCGUGGUUUGAACACUCGCCAAGGUUCUUCUGUUGCUUUGUUCGGGCCAGGGCCCUGCACGCUCGCUCGUUCUGUUCGUCCAGCUAGUCUGAAGGUUUGGGUCCGGUGCUGCUAGUCAAGAAAGGAAACGGCGCUGUCAUGUCUCCAGCCGCGACGACAAAACGGCAGAUAAUGAAUGUCUACGCAGAUCUAUGUAGAAUGUAUAAUAUAAACUAUGUAUAUAACCUGUCUUCCUAGUGAAAGCCCGCUGCGUUGUUCGUAUUAUAGGUGGUGAGACUUACCCCCGAGGAUCGACGAAUCUCCUUUUUCUUCGUUUGUGGAUGGUAUAUGUUAUUCGAGUUCCAGGAAGCCGAUUCCCGAUGUAUUUGAAAGAUGUUACAGUAGUAAAAUUACACUGCGUGGGCUGGACAGCGCAGAGAUUGUGACACUACAUCAGGUUGCUUUGUAAGAAAUCUGCGCGGUCUUCUCGAACCUCCCAAGGUGGUAGACAACCAUGGACCUCGAAUAUUCUACAUGGACCACGCCGUCCAUCUGUAGGACGAAGCAGAAGCUCGGUGAUAGAAGUGUUGGCGCAGCUAGUCAUUGUUGUUUUGCUUUGUUCUUUCGAAUAAGGCGAUAACAUCUGCGCGCGCGCCGUCUGCGUUUUUUUGCAUGAUACCCGUUUGGUGCAUUGACCGACCGAUGACUGCUGUUUCGUGAAAGUCAUUUUUUUGUUUCUUAUUUUCAUCAGAAAACUAAAGUAGAAUACGGGCAGACGAACGGCUCUCAUCGAACACUCAAGUAGAAAACAAAAAUUAUUACAAAGUGGAUCCUUUUCAAAAUUCGAGUCGGCCAUUGUUUGGGGACGUAGCCCGAGUGUGUGUUGGACACUCUGAUCCAAUCACACACUUCUUGCCCAAGAAAUGGCGUCUGAAAAUGUUGCUUCAUGGGGUCUUGAAAAGGGUCUAUUAUCAAACCUUGUGCUGCGUAAGAAGAAGAAAAGUGAGUAGAAUAAAUUAUUACGAAUCACGAAGGAAGAGUCAUAAAUUCGUCAGAAACAUACGCCCGACCCGCGAAACAUCGAAUGGUCAGGAGCCUUAGAAUAAUUGAUGUUGUCCAUCUUUCAACUCCUCGGUUGAGUUGGAAGCUGCAAGUGGAUAAUGGGACGUUGUCUCUUUACCGCUUUCUGGGAAAAAAAUAAACAAAUAAAAGGUUCGAAACACUGUAUUCGGAAGAAAUGUGGGAGUUAAUCGUGAACGGGAAUAAACGGUCGGUGCUGUUCCUCUUGUUCUGGCGUUUAGUGGCGCCACUGUGUCUCGCCGUCGACGGUGGAAAGACGAAUGUGUUCUGUACAUUUGUGUGCGUUUUUUGUAAAGUACAGAGUAGAAGAUGCUUUUCCAUCGACAUGAGAAAAAAUAAAAAAAUUCUUUUUUCCACUA